CUAAAAAUAAAACAACUUUCCGAGUCACCUACGGGCUAUUAAUAAGUCUUUUCGUUUAGUUUUUCCACGUUCUACAACGCACUUUAAGUUGUCCAAAAAUGUCGGUGAACGCGGAAAAUCAAACAACCCCGGAAGUUGUAAAUAAGCCGGCCGAAAACGAACAAAAUGAGGCCACAGCGGUUGUAGAAAAUGUAACUGACGAAAACCGCUCGAAAAACGAGGACCCAAAAACCGCCCAGUUGGAAAACGAAAUCAAACAAAAAGACGCCAUUUUGUUAACGCUUAAAACCCGCGUUGCUCAGCUCGAAAAAGACGUAGCCGAGGGACAAAAAUUCAAAGCUCAACACUUGAAAGAGGCAGAGGAAGUGGCGCUUUUGAAAGCCAAGUCCGAAGACACUCUAACCAGAGCCAAAGAUAUUAUUUUUGAAAAAACCAAAGUCAUAAAGAAUCAGGAGCUGCAAAUCGAGGCUUUGAACCAACAAAUUGACUCUUUGAAAGAAGUCGUUUCCAUAACGAAGGACCUUUUGGAGAUUAGAAAUAUGGAAAUAAAGCAGCUUGAGACUAAAAUUGAGUGCAUGGACGGGAAGUAUAAAGCCGAGAAGGAACGAUACGACCUUAUGCACAAAAAAUUAGAGACUAUGAUACGGUUUAAUGGCGACUUGAAAAGGGAAUAUGAAACACAACUUUGCUUGUUUUCGGCUCUUCGUGAAAGGUAUAACGAACGGGAACUGGCGAGGGGGGUUCUUGACGACGCCAACAGGGCCCAGGGGGCGGCUAGGGCUAAUGCCGGUGCUGUUGCUAACGCUGCUCCUGGUGCUAAUGCCGAUCCUGGUGCUAAUGCUGCUCCUGGUGCUAAUGCUGCUCCUAGUGCUAAUGAUGGUGCUAGUGCUAAUGAUGGUGCUGGUGCUAGUACUAGUGCUAAUGGUGCAGCUCCAAGUAGUCAAGUCAACGGCGAAGUACCCAGUGACGAAAAAAACUAACUUGACGAAAACAUGUGAUAAAAAUAUAACUUGUUUAUUAACAUAUUGCUAUGGAAUAUACAAUGUAGAGAACUUAGAAAAAAUGUAGAUAAUGUACACUAUCAACAUUUUAUACACUGUGUGAACCAACAAAAAUACGUCACAAAUCAUUAAACGCAUAACCUAA